AUAAUAAAUUUUUGAACUAGUUUAUUGAAAAUUGUUUAAAUUUACAUCAUGAAGUUUAGCACAUAUAUGAGCUGGGCCUUAGUUGGAUUAUUUUUCAUGUCUACGAUAAAUGCUGGCGAAUUAUCAGACAAAGAAGAAGUGUUAUUUCUGGAAACACCAUCAAGUGAUGACAAUAUUGUGAAAUCCAAAAGACCUUUUUGCAAUGCUUUUACUGGAUGCGGUAAAAAAAGAAAUUAUGAUAAUUCAGUGGAACGGUCACGAAACAGAUUAACACCAAAAAUUUCACCAAUUGUAUAUCGUGCACUUAUGCAAACACUUGAUGAAGAAAUUCGACGAGAUAAUGAUCAUCGAUUAAAUAUCGAUAAUAUAUUUAACACAAAUGAUUAUGAUUCUACUGGUUAUUAUCCGGACCGAAAAUUACCUCGUAAACGAUUUCUCUAAUAUUUUUAUUGUAAAGUAUAAUUAUUUUUUGAGAUUAUAACUUAGAAGAGACUUUUUUGAGAUGAAGAUGAUACAAUGUUAAUAAGAAAAAAAAACAUUCAUACUCUUAAUAGAUUAUUGGCAUCACCAACAAUAAAUUAUGCAAGUGGUUCGGUGUAGAAACUUUUUUGAAUGAUAACCUUAAUUAAUAAUUCACAGAGGAGUAUUCAAUCUUGAAAAUCGAUUUCCUUUCUAUCAUUGUAAUAGUUAUAUUAUCAAUAUAUAAAUAAACAUAUAAACAGUUAUGCGUCAUUGUAUAAAUCUAUAUAUUUUUAACGUACCAACACUUUGUGUGCAUUUAAUAGUUGAUAUAAAUUAGUUGGUAAACUAUUUUAUUUAAUUUUGAUUUGACAAAAGAUAAUUUUUUACUUAUCAUUUUUUGUCUAUUUAUAAAUAGACAAUUAGUUUUAUAUAUAAACUAUCUUUCCAAAGAUAUUUAUUUGUGAUAAUGAAUCGUGGGAUGCUUGUGCCGACGCAUUCAGGAUUGUCAUCCACCUGAGGACGUUCCCAAAAGUAUGAGGGACAGACUGUUGAUGGGUCCCAGGAUCUAGAUUUUCGAUCUUGUCUUGAUGACUUUGGAGAAUGAUCUAGAAUCUUGGAAUCAUUAUUAGCAUAACAUUAAUAAUUAUCCAUUGUUUUAUUUAUAACAAUCUAUUGUUUACUUUGGUUUCUAUAUGUAAUUGAAAGAAUUUAUUUUUAGAUAAACAAAGUAGAUAUACCAGUCGCGGGAUAUACUUCAGACAAUAGUUUAGCCCUCGCUUUUAUUUACAUAAGAAGUAUACUAUUGUAAUCGAAUGCUUAUUCUUUUAGCUACUUUGUUUGUUGUUUAUAUUGAGU